GAGAAUCCUUAAUUCUUUCUAUGUUUGUUGGAUACUCGUAUAAAAAAUCACGGUUAGUACGUGCUCGUUUUGCUUCGCCAAGAAACUCCGAGACCGAGAGUCGUUUCAUCUCCAUGUGGCAACCAGAAAGUAAAAGAAGCUGCCAAACCAAUGUACGACAGCAAGAAGCAGAAGAGCUUAACCCCUCCACAGCUUUCCUCCAAUGCUUGGAGCUAAUCCUCCCAUGGCUAACCCCACAAGAACUGGCCAAUGUUUCUCUAACCUCCAAAUCCCUCAACCAGAUCUCCAAAUCCAUCACUCAUCGCCGAUCCUCCGACGCUUCCAGAUCCUCCGAGAACCUCCCCAUCCCAUUCCACAACACCGCUGACAAUCGCCCCUAUGCCUACUUCAUUUACACCCCUUCACAAAUUCUCCCUUCUUUUGCUUCGCAAUUCCUACGCCAAUCUUGGGGCUUGGGCUCCUGCGUGAGACCCAACUCGGUGAGUCGGCUCUGCGUAGAACCGGUGAGGCUGGUGGACGAGUUGGGUGAGAGUGCAUCUGGGUGCGAUUGCCAGAGGUGUGAGGACCAAGUUCGGUGCCCAUGUACUGGGUUGAAUGGUUUGGAUAUAGCGAGCGAGUGCGGAUCGAGUUGUGGGUGCGGGUUGGAGUGUGGGAAUCGAUUGACUCAGAGAGGGGUUUCGUUGCGGCUGAAGAUUGUGAGGGAUAGGAGGAAAGGCUGGGGUUUGUUUGCAGACCAGUUCAUUGGGAAAGGCCAAUUUGUGUGCGAGUAUGCAGGUGAACUUUUGACAACCAAAGAGGCAACAAGUCGGCAACAAAUGUAUGAUGAACUUGUAUCAGGUGGCCAUUUUUCUUCUGCUCUUUUGGUUUUGAGAGAGCAUCUCCCAUCUGGGAAAGCUUGUUUAAGAAUGAAUAUCGAUGCCACAAGAAUAGGAAAUGUUGCGCGGUUUAUUAACCAUUCAUGUGAUGGUGGUAAUUUAUCGACCAAACUGGUGAGAAGCACAGGAGCUUUGCUGCCCCGCCUUUGCUUCUUUUCUUCAAGAGACAUAAAAGAAAACGAGGAGCUUAGUUUUAGCUAUGGUGAAAUCAGGCUAACGUCUAAUGGUUUGCAGUGCUUUUGUGGUAGCUCUUGUUGCUUUGGAACAUUGCCUUCCGAACAUACUUAGGGCCUGUUUGGAAGAAGCGCUUUUAGUACCUAAGUAGUUGUGCCAAGCAAAAAUGGUCCCGCUUGGUAAAAAAUGAGGUUUUUUUUUUUUUUAAAAAAAAAAAAAAAGCUCUAUUUCCAAACACAAUCCUAAAGGAAUUUCUUUGUUAUAGGCCUCCCAAUUCAUUGCUGUGGAACAGUUCUUAUUGUUGUAUGAUGUUCAAAGGUGUAUAACUAGCUAGUAUGAUGUACUGUUUAUUUUGGAAAGUUUUAUUGGUGGGCAAUUUCUUAUUUGUUUCUUGUUUUGCAAAAGAAAUAAUAUGAGGCAAAGAUUUCAUA